AUGACAGAGGAAGAACACGGCCAACCCAUGAAGAAAAGACUAAGCCAACACUUAGCAGCUGUACAAGAGCUCAAUGAUAAGAUUGCUCAGUUGGGAAAAAGAAACAAGCCACAAGGCAGACGACCACCACAUGGAGAAACAAGAUUUGGAGAUGCACCAGAGGCUGGCUAUGUUGAGCCCAAGCCACCGGAUCCUUCAUGGAUCACCCCACACCAAACUUCUUAUACUCAUGAAUACUUAAGAAGUAGCUGGCCAGAUGACUAUCUAUCAUGGGAAAGAACUAUGGAUGAAUGGUUUUUAUACCAUGUAGUGCCAAGGAAAGAAAGGCUUAGCCAUGCCAUCAAACAACUCUCCGAAAAAGCAUACUCAUGGUGGAAAAGAGUAGAUCGUGCACACGGUAAAAGUCCAGAAGAGGUUGUCACCAAUUGGGAAGAUCUUAAAGAUGUUAUGAUCAGGAAGUAUGUGACUACACUUCCCACGCAAGAAACCAGAAGAAAAUACCCAAGGAGAUUUUCAAAUGGUGUGUCCAAAGAGGCAAAGAAAGUGGUGCCACAACAAGGCCAUAGAAGCUUGAUCUAUCAAGACCAGAUUCGGCCAAGCCAGAUGCCCACGGUUUUAUAUGAUAAAUACCAACCUUAUGAGGUCCCAAAGGCCAUGGAGAAGAAGAACCUUGUCAGCCAAGUUUUGGCCAGACACAAAGAAAAAUCAGAUAAACCGAUUUUUCAAGAGAAGGCCAAGGAUGUUAAGACAGGUCCUGAGGUCCAGAAAGACACGAUCACCCAAUCCUUGUUGAGAUCAAAAGUUGUCUAUGAUUUAAGUCCAAGAGACAAGGAGAUUUUAAACCCAAAUAAAGAAGAGCCAUCCAGCCAAGGAACUAAGGAGCAUGAAUUCAAAGGAGAGGAACAACUAGGCGCCACACCUGUGAUGGACCAUAAGAUGGUUCAAGACACAAUGCAGUCCAUGUUGUUUAAAGAAGCAAAACCGAUCCUAAAAGUAUCCCACCAAGGGAGAAUAAAUGAAAGCUAUAAGCUUAUUGAAGUCCCAAAGAAAGAACCAGACCAUAAGCUCAGCCAUGAAUUCACUCCCAAGUGGAAACCGAAAUCUGAACAAUCUAUUGUUCAAGUUCCAAAACCUAUGAGUGUUGAGAUUAUUUCAGGUUGCCAAGAAGAAAGCUUCAAAGAAAUCCCACCGGAUAAUCUUAUGUUGCUAGGAGAAUCAACUCCAAGGAAGAUCAGAAACGUGGCCACCCAAACUUUAAAGGACCAUCCACUCCAGAAGAGAUGUAAUGGCCAUGACCAUAGCAGAGGCGUGAUCCUUUCACAUCUUCUCAAAGAAGAGCCACCAGAUGCGCCAUGCAUCACCAAACCGAAAUUAUACCAAGGUAAGGUUAUAUAG